AUGCUGCAAAAGGUGUAUGUUCUCGGGGCGGGCUCCAUGGGUUGCUUGCUCUCCCAUGAGAUCAGUCAGGCGUUCCCCAAACAGAUCCAGCCCGUUUUGCUCUUUCGUAACCAACAGAGAUUGAACCAGUUCAGGAACGAAGGCUCAAAGAUCAAAGUCGUGAGAAGAAAAGAUGCAAAUGUCGUAGGCUCAGAAGUGCAACUCGAAAGUGAUAGACAGCCUCCUUCUAAAGACGGCAAGAAGCUUCCCAUAGAUAAUCUCAUACUAUCGACCAAAACCCACAACACAAUCAUGGCCUUGGAUCCAUAUGUUCUGCAUCUUAACUCCAACUCAAAUAUCUUGAUACUCCAGAAUGGAAUGGGCAUGGCUCAAAGGUUAACUGAACAGUUCUGGCCAGUUUUAAAAGACAGACCAAGAAUCUUUCAGGCUGUUAGUACACAUGGGGCCUAUAAAAGUGCCCCCAAUGUGAUUCAGUAUGCUGCACCAGGUAAGCUUUCUAUAGCGUAUAUUCCCUCGCGAGAUGAGCCAGCCUUGACUGAGAAAAUCGAACUACCAGAAGCGUUCAAAUUUAUCGUCCUGACAGAAAGCUUAAAUGCAAAGUAUAUGGAUUACGAAGAAUUGCUUUUGAUCCAGAUGGAAAAGUUGGUGGCCAACGCUUGCGUCAAUCCCAUGACUGCUAUCCUAGACUGCUUCAAUGGGCAGCUCUUGCACGGAACUAACGUUAUUCCCAUUUUUAAAAGAAUCAUAAAGGAAGCGAUAGAUGUUUUCGAAACAGAAUACCCUGAACUCAAGAGGAUCCCCUUGGCAAGCACAGUGUUGAAUAGAGAUAGACUUUUGGAUUCAGUGCUCGCCAUUUUGAAAAGCACAGCUCAGAACAGCUCGUCCAUGCGUGAAGAUGUCAGACAUUUGGCUCCUACAGAAAUCGAUUGGAUCAACGGCUAUAUAGUCUACUUGGGAAAGACCCAUCGCAUUCCAACUCCUACAAAUACAAUGAUGUUAGAUUUGGUCAAGAGCAAGUCCAGCAUUGACAUUGCUGUUGAAAAAAGCGCUGCUGAGUCAGUAACCUUCACUUAA